CGUACGGACGAGAUGAUUCCAUUUCGAUACCAAAACGGCUUCGUCAUCAUUGCUCCACCUCUGAGUUACGUGGCUACGUGCUAUGGCGAUGAGCUCUGAGAAAGAAAUAUUUUUGAGGGAGUUCUGCGAGGAUUACGGUUAUCCUAAUGCCCCUAAAAAUAUAGAUCAGAUUAGAGCUACCGAGUUCAAGCGUUUGAAAGGUACUGUGUACUUGGAUCAUGCAGGAGCUACUCUCCAUUCGGAAUCUCAAAUGGAAGAAGUUUUCAAAGAGCUGAAUUCUACUGUUUAUGGAAAUCCUCAUAGCCAAAGCAGCUGCAGCAUGAGUAGUAAUGACCGUGUUCAAGAAGCACGUCAGCAGGUACUUGAAUUCUUUAAUGCACCCCCCUUAGAGUAUAGCUGUAUAUUCACUUCUGGAGCAACAGCAGCUUUGAAACUUGUUGGAGAGACCUUUCCCUGGUGCAGUGAGAGCAGUUUCAUGUAUACAAUCGAAAAUCAUAAUAGUGUUCUUGGGAUUAGAGAAUAUGCACUUAAUAAAGGAGCUACGGUAUUUGCUGUAGAUGCUAGAGAUAAUGAUAAUUCACAAAGCAAUCAAUCUACCUUUAAGAUUUCACACCGCCCGAUACAAAGAAGGUUUGAAGCUGAACUGCUAGAAGAAGGAUCGACAGAAAAGGUUUACAACUUAUUUGCGUUUCCGUCAGAGUGCAACUUUUCGGGUAGAAGGUUCAACCUUGAUUUGGUGAACUUUGUGAAGGAAGAUUACGAUGAUAUCUUUGGAAGCUCUCUGCCUCAUAGAGGCAAGUGGCUUGUUCUGAUUGAUGCUGCCAAAGGAUGCGCGACAGACCCACCAGAUUUAAACAAAUACAGGGCAGACUUUGUUGUCAUGUCGUUUUAUAAGAUGUUUGGAUACCCAACUGGCCUUGGUGCGCUAAUUGUUAGAAAUGAGGUUGCAAAGCUACUAAGAAAGACCUACUUCAGUGGAGGCACAGUUGCUGCUGCUAUCGCUGACACUGACUUCUUCAAAAGAAGAGAAGGCGUGGAGGAGUUCUUUGAGGAUGGAACAGUAUCGUUUUUAAGCAUAUCUUCAAUUCUGCAUGGAUUCAGAGCACUCAGUGCUUUGACUGUAACUUCUAUAUCUCGGCAUACAACAUCCUUGGCAACCUAUGUGAGGAGAGAACUCUUAGCUUUGAGACAUGAAAAUGGACAUUAUGCUUGCACAAUUUAUGGAGUGAAAACUCCACAGAUGUUACCUAGUAAUGUGGGCCCGAUAGUUUCCUUCAAUCUAAAGAGACCAGAUGGGACAUGGUAUGGCUAUCGUGAAGUGGAAAAUUUGGCAUCCUUAGCCGGAAUUCAGCUACGGACAGGAUGCUUUUGCAAUCCAGGUGCCUGUGCAAAGUACCUUGGUUUAUCACAUUUGGAUCUUCUGUCAAAUAUUGAGGCUGGGCAUGCUUGCUGGGAUGACCAAGACGUUUUAAAUGGAAAACCAACUGGUGCUGUCAGAGUAUCCUUUGGUUACAUGUCAACAUUUGAAGAUGCCAGGAAAUUUAUGGAAUUCAUUGAAAGGUCCUUCGUGUCAAUUCAUUGCAGAGGAGGUGUUAUGAGUGCAAGAUCUUUAUUCCCUUCAAUCAAAGGAACUGAAAAGAUCACCACUCUGCACUUCCUCAGAUCUAUUAUGGUCUAUCCAAUAAAGGCAUGUUCAGGUUUUAGUCGUGAUGACUGGCCUCUGACAAACACAGGGCUACUGCAUGACCGAGAAUGGCUUCUAAGGAGUGCCAGUGGUGAAGUCCUCACACAAAAGAAGAUUCCAGAAAUGUGUCUUAUCAAAACAUCCAUUGAUCUCGAGCUGGGUGUACUGUUUGUUGAGUCUCCUCGUUGCACAGAAAAACUGCAGAUUAAUCUUGAGUACAAUUCGAACGAUGCAGUGCAAGGAGAAAUAGAUGUAAGAACUCAAAGGCACAAAGUCCAAAGUUAUGUCAUUGAAGUGAACAGUUGGUUCAGUGUUGCUGUCGGUCAAGCUUGCACUCUGCUACGAAAUUCUGGUGCCCCGAGAGGCAACUGCUCUAAGGGCAGGGGGAACUAUAACACAGGGAGUUGCAAUGAUAAUCAAGCCAAGUUGAAUUUUGUUAAUGAGGCCCAAUUUUUGAUGGUUUCUGAGGAAAGCGUUGCUGAUUUAAACAACAGGUUACGCUCAAGCGCUGAUGCAAAGGUGGUUGAAGUAAGUACGAUGAGAUUCCGACCCAACCUUGUCAUAUCCGGGGGCGAACCAUAUGCAGAAGAUGGAUGGAAGAGCCUUGAGAUAGGAGGCAAAAUAUUUACAUCCUUUGGUGGAUGCAGCCGGUGCCAAGUGAUUAACAUAAAUUCACACGGAGGUGAAAAGCUGCAAAGGUCGAAUGAACCUUUGGCUACUUUAGCAGCAUACAGGAGAGUUAAGGGGAAGAUACUAUUUGGGAUAUUGCUGAGAUAUGAAGGUGCUGGGAAGGAUUCAGAUCCGUGGCUCCAUGUAGGCGAACAAAUAUUUCCAAAUGGUUAUUUGCUCACAUAACAGCAAGUCUGUGGAUGUUAUGGGGAGUGGGGGACUUUGAAUGUUGUUUGCUUGAAUAGCAGAAAUAUCUGGAGCUUCUAAAAAAGGCAGUAAUGUUCAAGUGUCAUCUCGGUUCUUUUGCUAUAUCAAUUUAGCAAGGAAAAAUAUACCACGUUAUAUUUAGAAGUUUUUGUAUUUGACUUAUUUGCAUUAUUUUAAAGAUAUACCUAAAUAGGUGUGUGAUUGAAGGGAAGAUCCCACAUCUAGUAAACAUGUUGAGGAUAGAACUAAAUAUAUUUUUAUUUACUCGUCGCCUCGUCGGUAGUGGUGUGGACAGUUGGAAGAUGGACAAUAUGUGUUUUUACACAUAUUGUCCCAGUAAGGAGAAUGCAAAGAUUCAAGAAGAGAACAAUAAUAAUUCAAAAAAGGGUGGCAGUGGGGUGUAAAGAGAGUGAUGUUUCAUCCUAAGUCAUAGUUUAGAGUUGAAUUUGAGAUUUAUCCCUUGUGUUACUUUCUUCCUAUCAGGUGAGCUAUGCCCCAUAAAAUAAUAACAAUUAAUAACUUUAUAAAUGGAGGUAGUCAAGUAUUCAAAAACAAAUAUUGGUAGUUUUACAACCUUGGAUACAAGGAUAACUUGAAAGAGUUGUUAUUUAUUGCGUAGCAUAACUCAUACCUUUAUCCCAAAUGGUAACAUACUCUCAUUUAUGGGUAGACUCGGGCCGGUUGGGGCCUGGGCCCGGCCGGGCCUCGGGCCAGAAAAAUAGGGCCCGAGCCUGAACCGCCGGUGGCCGGUUCCGGUUCCGGGCCGGGCCGGGCCAAACCGGUCCAUAUUUUUUUUUGGUUCUCCUAUUUAACCCCCUACCCCUCCCCCUCAACCCCAAACCACCUCAAAUGGCCCAAAAUACCUAAUCCAACCCAAAACUUAAAAAAAUUUCAAAAAAAAAAAAAAAAAAAUCCGACCCGGACCGGGCCCGAAUCGGCCGGGCCGGUUCACCUAAAGCAGGGCCCGAGCCCGGACCGCCCAUCACCCGGGCCGGGCCAAACCGAACCGCUGGACCCAUCGGGCCCCGGGCCGGGCUGGGCCAAACAGUAACUGGGCCGGGCCAAACAGUAACCGGGCCGGUUCCGGGUUGGGCCGCCCGGCCCGAGUCCACCCCUACUCUCAUUUUUGUCUUUUGAAAACUUAUUGAUAAUACAUAUGUGGUUUUUUCAAAAAAUUGUUGGAAAAAUUCCUAUAUAUGUUCAUCCCAAAUUUUGCUCUUGCCCACCCCGUGCUUGGCAUGGAAUCUGUUCGGCAGUCUUGACCAGUUCAGAAUUGAUAUCGGAUUGGAAUGUGUCCGGUUUCAUGGUUCCUGUUGAGGAUCGAUUCUUUUCCGGCUUAGGUCUCCAACCUUCACAAUAGCUCACACACACCACUCUAAGCUAGACCACAACACAUCUCCAUGUUUUAACUCCAACCACUAAGGUACUUCUCUCACUCUCACAUUAAGGAAGGAGAAGAAGAAGAGCUUUGCUCUAAGGAUAUCUCACGUAGACUGCCCUCACAAGGAAGAAGAGAGCUACAUAAAUAAUAGGCUGGCUAACAAGGGAC